AGGAGGGAAUGACGAAGACGUUUUUGCUUGAAAUCGCCCUCUGUGAUCGCGGUGAACGCGAUACUGAUAUUAGAUACUACCAUAAUAUUGAUACAUCGAUCAUCAAUAAAGAAACGUAUUUAGCGAGUGCAAAAAUGGAUCAUUUCGACGACUUGCUGACUCGCAUUAGUAGGCUUGUGCCUGUUCGCUUACCACGAGAGCAACCCAACGACGAAAGUGUCCGAAAAGUGACUCUGCACUUGCAAUUUGGCGACUUUAUGGAGCGAGCAAAGGCUCUGCCAAAAGCCCUGAACCAGUAUUGCAAAGGCCUUGAAGUCCUUGCUGAUGCACCAGAAAAUGAGACUCUACUUGAGCACCAGCAGGGAUCUCACAAUUCAACGGCAGACUCUCCUAGAAUUGCAGAUGAGACUGGCCACGUACUAUCGGUCCUCGCACUGAAGCUCGGAGCAGCCUGUGGACGGGUUCUUAUCCUGGAAGCGAAGAGCCUACAGCAGACAACUGCGCGCGAGCCAAGCGGCGAAAGGCAGCGCUUGAGAGCGAUAUCGGAACGGUUGGCACAAUCAAUGCUUUUCAGUUGCCUGGAUCUGGUUUUACGACUAUUUGAUGGUUGCUUUAUGGAGGAAUACGGGGAGCCACUGCACGGCGUUGUGGAAAAAAAUGAUGCCGCGUCGGAGACUGAGAAAGAAUUCUCUACAUGCGAUGUAGAUGGCUGCCUCGAUGCUUCUCUCAACGGGCCUCAUGGCCUGAGUCAAGCAAAAGCGCGAUCCGUGCUUGACAUAUUUCGGGUGAGAUGGGAGACGCCGUUGCCAUCCUCAGAUCGUGAAGACUUAGAUGAGUUAAAAGAUCAUGAUAAUACUUAUACAACUCGCGAGAAGGAGAAAAGCGCAGUGAAAAGAAAACUCGCUCCCGUCAUUUCCGAAGUGCUUGUGAAUCUCUCGAAUCUGUAUUUUCGUCCCGAUGAUGACGACGCAGUAAUACAAGACGGUUUCGAGGAAAUUAAUCUAGACGCAGGCUGUAAUAGUCACAGUUCAGCGGAAGUAAUGGCAUUGGAAAUUUGCGACUUGGCUAGAAUUGUCGACCCAAAAGCUCGCGAAGCUGUCAUGCAGAGUGCGAAUAUUCUGAGAUCUCUACACAGACGUGCUGAUGCCGUGUGCCGUGUGUGGGAAGCGAUCCUUGACGAGUUUGAGAGCUUGCAGAAUAUUCCAAAGGAUGAAGUAUUAGAAGUGCUUUCACCAGCGGAAAAAGCAGAAUCUCAAGCAUCGUCAUUCAUUCUUCUGGCAAGGGAACAAUUGAGUCUAUGGCGCAGUCGGACUGAUGGAGACGCAUCCGUAGAUCUCAAAGUCCAUCAAGAUGGGCGAAGCGCCGAUGAAGGGAUUGACACUCAUGGAGAUGUUGAAAUGUCCUUCACCCUGCCAAGUGAAAUAAACGCUGGUGACCCACGUGGUUCUUUUUCCACAAAAGCUGACGCAAAGCUUGCUAUCGCGUGCGUUCUGUGGGGUACGCGAGUCUACAGUAUGAAGGACGUCGCGCGUUUGCAUCGAGGCGCGCAACGGCAUUUGAAAGCGGUUGCAUUCGAUUUCCAUUGUUUCACCGACCAGAAAACCCCUGAGACAGCACAAGAAGAAUCGUUGUUCUCAGGCAGGGACGAAGUUCGAUUUCAUACUCUAGAUCCCACGUUGCAUGGAUGGUGGGGAAAAGCAAGCUUGCUCGGGCGACCGGAAUUAGUAGGGUACAAAAAAGUGGCUUAUCUAGACCUUGAUCAAGUGAUCACGGGCUCGCUGGACUGGUUGGACACCUACUCAGGCAAUUUCAUGCUUCUCUCCACUAGGACUCUGGCGUGUGAGAUGGCGAAGGACGGUUUCAAUUCGUCCGUCAUGGUCUGGCGUAACGAUGAUGUUCACAGGAGUUGUAGAGCUUCUGAAAGACCUAGUCAAGAGACGCAUGUGAGCAGGGUGCUGCGCGAAUUAGUUAGUUUACCGGACCCGCAGUGCUUCGCAGCUGUCACAAGGUACUGCCAUCGUUUCGAUCAUUGGUUGGAAAUGUGCCUCGGGGUGGGAGGAAUCAAAGUAGAUUUUGUUCAAGAUUACUUUGGAAAAAAUGUCGUGGUCGACUACGCUGGAGCUUUCAGAUGUGAAAAAGACGGGCUAGUGGAGGAUAUAUCAAUUGUUACUUUCCCAAGGUCGCCAAAAGCAGAAGAAGUCAUAGAACAAUUCGGGCCGUGGAUGUAUGAUAGUUGGAAACUACCAAAUGACAGAUCGAAUGAUGAGGCGGAUAUUUUAGAAGAAGAGGACAUGCGAGGUUAAUUCAUUGUCUGGGAAGGAUGAAAAUUUUUACCAGAAACACAAAAUUGGUUUGCAGCUAUUUUGCUUUAGUUUCACUUGGCAUUGAGAUCAU